AUGAAAAUUGAACUGGGCAAGGAACCAAAGGAUAUAUUUCUUCAUGACCCUACAUUUUAUGGACAUUUAUUUCGAAAGUUUAAAUGGGAGCCAGUUCAAAGAAGCAUAACAGUGCACAAAACUAAAAUCGUAGAUAUAAUAAAGGAGGAUUUAAUUAUAAAAAAACAUGAAUUUAUUAAUAAUUCAACUUCAGUUGUAAAAUCUAAAAGAUGUAUAUAUGAAAUGGUUGAAAAUACAGCACAGUCGCUUUGGUCUGAAGGUGGAAUAGCAGAAGACGAAAUAUUUUAUCACGUGGACUUUAAUUUCACUUACGGCCAUUUUAAAUACAAAAAUAAAUGGAGAAGUAAUAAAACACAUGGCGCAAGAAUGUCUUUUGGAUUAACUAAGAAACGAAAUAGUAUAUUUAUAAAGCCAAAUGAAACUGUUGUUACAGAUUUAAUAGCCACGAAAAUGAUAAUGAUUAUAGAGGUAGAGUAUAAAACUGAGCUUAUUGGUUCAGCUGUUGCGAACUAUGCCAAAUUAUAUGGUACUUAUCAUUUCUGGGCACCAUCCAUUCAAAGUAUUAUGAAAGCAGCUAAUAUGAAAAACGAACUUCUUACCACAGAGGAAAUAGAGGUCAGGUGCUUCGUAAAUCCAAGAUCACAAGAGGUAGUUAAGCCAGCACAUGAUGUAUAUUCUUCAGGAUUUAAAAGAACUGGAAUGAGAAAACGGAAGAGAAAGUUUGAAUAA